GUGGACUCGCCCGCGGCGACAGCGAUCUACCCGAGAACUCGGAAGCGGGGUCCUUCCAAGGGUCGGCCUGUGCUCGCCGCCGUCAUCUGCUGGUUGGAUUCCGGAAACCCGCUAUCUGAAGACCCCAGAGAGGAGUCGCUGACCCUCCGCCCAGAAUCGAAUGCGUCUGGACCGAAAUCUCUCUUCCCUCCCUGCCUGGCUUCUGUGCAUUUCAACCGUUCUCUCAAGCUUUUGGCCGUGUCUGUGCGCGGAAACCGUCCCCCACUACCCAGGUAGCUGGGGUGAGCCCCAGAUCUUACCGCCUUGUGCUCCAACCUGUGCAUCCAACAGAGACACAGUCUGAACUUUAUGACCCAAUUCUGCCCACACCCAGGGUGUUCUGCCUUUUCUUCUCUUUCGGUGUCUCCUGUAGUCCCCAAAAUUUCGCCUCCUCCUGUGCCCUCUUCGCCCCCCUCUUUUGGGGGCCCUGUGACCCUGAAUGUGGGGGGCACACUAUAUUCCACCACUUUGGAGACCCUGACUCGCUUCCCAGAUUCCAUGCUGGGGGCCAUGUUUAGGGCCGGCACCCCCAUAUCCCCCAACCUCAACCCCCAGGGAGGCGGACACUACUUCAUUGACAGAGAUGGCAAGGCCUUCCGGCACAUCCUCAAUUUCCUGCGGCUGGGCCGCCUGGACCUGCCCCGCGGGUAUGGGGAGACAGCACUUCUCAGAGCAGAGGCCGACUUUUACCAGAUCCAGCCCCUCCUGGAUGCCCUGCGGGAACUGGAGGCCUCUCGGGGGGCCCCUGUACCCACAGCUGCCCUGCUCCACGCAGAUGUAGAUGCCAGCCCCCGCCUGGUGCAUUUCUCUGCUCGCCGGGGCCCACACCACUAUGAGCUGAGCUCUGUGCAAGUGGAUACCUUCCGAGCCAACAUCUUCUGCACCGACCCCGAGUGCCUGGGUGCCAUGCGGGCCCGAUUUGGGGUGGCCAGUGAGGACAGGGCAGAGGGAGGCCCACACUUUCGUGUGGAGUGGGCUCCCUGUCCCGCAGGACUCCCGGAGGUGGAGUACAGGAGACUGGGGCUGCAGCCUCUGUGGACUGGGGGGCCUGGAGAGCUACGGGAGGUGGUGAGCACGCCAGGCUUCCUGGAGGAGGUGCUGCGGGUGGCUCUGGAGCACGGCUUCCGUCUAGACUCCGUCUUCCCUGACCCCGAAGACCUGCUCAAUUCGCGAUCUCUGCGCUUCGUGCGUCAUUGAGUCCGCGGCCCUCUCGUCUGACUGGGGG